UACCAACACACCCAGUCCACAAGAAUAUCUCUCGAUCUUCUAUCUCAACAACAUAUCCAUUAACUCUCAUUCUCAUCGACCGGUGACGGAUACUCGAGGCCAUCUUCGUGGUCUUGUGCUGCUUUAUGAGACACUUUGCUCCUACUAUCCCCGUCGCCAAAAUUAAAGAGCUACAGUCUGCAGCUAGGGUGACGCAUGGUCCAAUAGCGCCUGCAGUUGCCCACGACGAGAUCAAGGAGAGCCCUCUUGAACAGGCCGCUCUAGAGCUUUACUACCUCCCAGAUUUUACCGAGAAGGAUUUUGGGCUGAGAGGUGGCAGGUUCUCGCUCGUCCUAUCUCUCGACCUUUCUGCAAUACUCGCAAGUGAAGGGGCGGCACCGGGUGUUUGCCACCUCUCCCCUCUUUCCUGUCGUCAUGUUUUGGAAAAGAAGGAUGUUCGAUCCCUUCGAUGCCGCGGUUUUUCCGCGCCCUCCCUUUCGUGGAACAAGGCACUUCCAUCCGCCGACUACCAUCUAUCCACUGUAGCCGCCUCCGCAUAUUUCUUGACAUCUUCAUUUACGUCGGGAAGCCCAUGAAGAAAAUUUUGGAUAUCUACGUGCCCUAUAUGUACUGGGUGACUCAAACAAGCAAAGUUUUGUUCAUCGAGGCGGUACCGAAGUUGUGCAAAUAUUGCCGUGGUGCCAGGUCUACUUGUACAUGGGAGAAGAUGACAGC